AGGUGACGUCAGGGGGCACGCCGGGCUCGGGGAAGACGCCAAGAUGGCGGCAAGUCACUACUUCGGCUCCGCGCAGGGCAGCGGCCUGCAGUACAGCACCCAGACUCCAACUCUUCCCCUGCUCACCACGGGGGCCAGCUAUACUGCACAGCCCACUCCUGGGAUGGACCCCGCCGCAAACCCGGCCUUUCCCCCAGCUGCCCCAGCAGGGUACGGUGGAUACCAGCCCCACUCCAGCCAGGAGUUCACCUACGGCAGCCGACCCGAGGAGCCCGUCCCCACGGCCACCACCAUGGCUACCUACCAGGACAGUUACAGCUACGGACAGUCGGUGGCUGCCAGGAGCUACGAGGACAGGCCGUACUUCCAGCCUCCUGCCCUCCAGCCUGGGUGCAUGACAGCCACAGACUCCUGCCAGCCAGGGACCCAAGAGGCCUGCAGGCAUCCCAGCCCCCCUGGCGGUCACAGCUGUGCUCAGCCCCCACAACAGGCGCCCAGAGUGGAGGCCAGACAGCCAGCCAGCGCCCUGUCCUCGGGAUACACCUACCCCACGGCGACAGGCGUCCAGCCUGAGUCCUCGGUGUCCAUCGUGACCUCCUACCCCGCGCCCUCCUACGAUCCCACCUGCAGCGCCUACACGGCACCAAGCUACCCGAGCUAUGAUGCGUCGGUGUACUCCGCCGCCAGCCCUUUCUAUCCUCCAGCGCAGCCCCCGCCUCCCCCGGGACCCCCGCAGCAGCUGCCCCCGCCGCCCACGCCCACAGGCUCAGGAAGCAGCCCCAGGGCCGACUCGAAGCCGCCGCUUCCCAGCAAGCUGCAGAGACCCAAGGCCGGGCCCAGGCAGCUCCAGCUUCACUACUGCGACAUCUGCAAGAUCAGCUGCGCGGGCCCCCAGACCUACCGGGAACAUCUGGGAGGGCAGAAGCACAGAAAGAAGGAGGCGGCCCAGAAGACAGGCGUGCUGCCCAACGGGAGCCCACGCGGGGUGCAGGCACAGCUACAUUGCGACCUGUGCGCCGUGUCCUGCACUGGGGCAGACGCCUACGCGGCCCACAUCCGGGGAGCCAAGCACCAGAAGGUCUUCAAGCUGCACACCAAACUGGGGAAGCCCAUUCCCACCCUGGAGCCUGCACCGGCCGCAGAGAGCACCCCCGGGGUGGAGGCCAAGCCCUCAUCCGCCACUGGCCCCAGCGUGUGUGCCCCGAGCAGGCCAGCACUGGCCAAGAGACCCGUGGCCUUGAAGGCCUCACUCGAGGGGCCUCCUGAGCCGCAGAUAGCAGGCUGCAGACCCCAGAGGGGGAGACCAGCCCAACCCAAAUCAGAGGGUCCUGGAGCACCCGCCCAAGGAGGCUCGGAGGAAGCUCCCCUGGGCUGCUGUGAUGCGCAGGCAGUGGGCCCAGAGUAUGUGGAGGAGGUGUGCAGCGAGGAAGGGCGAGUGCUUCGCUUCCAGUGUAAGCUGUGCGAGUGCAGUUUCAACGACCUUAACGCCAAGGACCUGCACGUGAGGGGACGGCGGCACCGGCUGCAGUACCGGAAGAAAGUGAACCCCGACCUUCCCAUUGCCACGGAGCCCAGCAGCCGGGCUCGGAAGCUCCUGGAGGAGCGGAUGAGGAAGCAGCGGCGCCUGGCGGAGGAGCGGCUGGAGCAACUGCGGCGCUGGCACGUGGAGAGGAGGCGGCUGGAGGAGGAGCCUUCCCAGGACGCACCAUCCGACUGGGCCCACUCUCUGCUCAUGGGCAGGCCGGAGCCACCCACCAGCACCCAACUCCAGCCCGGGCGGCGGCCGGCAUCCAGCGACGACCGGCAUGUCAUGUGCAAGCACGCCACCAUCUACCCCACGGAGCAGGAGCUCCUCGCCGUGCAGAGGGCCGUGUCCCACGCGGAGCGGGCCCUCAAGCUGGUGUCUGACACGCUGGCCGAGGAGGACCAGGGCGACGGAGAGGAACAGGGCGGCAAGCGCAGCAGCGUUGCCCCCCCGGCUCGGGUCCUGAAAGGCGUCAUGCGGAUAGGCAUCCUGGCGAAAGGCCUCCUCCUGCGCGGGGACAGGAAUGUGCGCCUCGCUCUGCUCUGUUCCAAGAAGCCCACGCACAGCCUGCUGCGGAGGAUCGCCCAGCAGCUGCCCCGGCAGCUCCAGAUGGUGACCGAGGAUGAGUAUGAGGUCUCCUCUGACCCUGAAGCCAACAUUGUCAUCUCCUCCCGCGAGGAGCCCAGGAUGCAGGUCACCAUAUCCGUCACCUCACCCCUGAUGCGAGAGGACCCCUCCACAGACCCAGAAGGCGUGGAGAAGCCUCAGGCUGACCCAGGUGAUGUCCUGAGCUCCGAGAAGUGCCUCGAGUCCCUGGCCGCCCUCCGUCAUGCCCGGUGGUUUCAGGCUCGAGCCAGCAGCCUGCAGCCAUGCGUGAUCGUCAUCAGGGUCCUCAGGGACCUCUGCCGGCGUGUGCCCACCUGGGCAGCCCUGCCAGCCUGGGCCAUGGAGCUGCUGGUGGAGAAGGCUGUGAGCAGUGCAGCGGGGCCCCUGGGCCCUGGGGACGCGGUCAGGCGAGUCCUGGAGUGCGUGGCCACAGGGACGCUCCUGACAGAUGGGCCCGGACUCCAGGAUCCCUGCGAGAGAGACCAGACAGACGCCCUCGAGCCCAUGACCCUCCAAGAGCGGGAAGACGUGACCGCCAGCGCCCAGCACGCCCUGCGAAUGCUGGCCUUCCGGCAGACCCACAAGGUCCUGGGCAUGGAUCUCCUGCCACCCAGACACCGGCUUGGGGCCCGCUUCCGGAAGAGGCAGCGGGGACCUGGCGAGGCCGAGGAGGGCCCAGGGGAGAAGAAGCGGGGCUGGCAGGAUGGAGAGGGGCUCGUGUGAGCCACCUGCCUCCCCAACCUGCGGGCCUUCACAUCCCUGCACUUCUGGACGUGUGCCCACUGACCAAUGGCAGCAUCAUCCCUGCCGCUGGACAACAGUCGUUUCCUUUUGAGUAACGCUCUGUAGGUUUCUUUUAAAACACUUGUGCUUCAGGCCGGGCACCGUGGCUCAUGCCUUUAAUCCCAGCACUUUGGGAGGUCGAGUUGCUUGAGCCUGAGAGUUCAAGGCCAGCCUAGAUGACAGAGUGAGA